GCAACUGUCAAGGUCGUGUUUUCGGCAUUAGACAUUGUUCUGUACGGUAGUGCUCGAAAAAAUUCUGGUUGACUAAUGGCAAGCUCAUUUUAUUUGCGAUACUACGUUGGUCAUAAGGGCAAGUUUGGACAUGAAUUUCUUGAGUUCGAGUUCAGACCUGAAGGCAAGCUUAGAUAUGCUAACAACUCUAAUUAUAAAAAUGACACAAUGAUUCGGAAAGAGGCGUACGUAAGCCCUUCUGUAAUGGAAGAACUGAAGAGAAUCGUGUUGGAGAGCGAUAUUAUGUCGGAAGAUGAUGCUUCGUGGCCAGUACCUGACAGAGUUGGACGUCAAGAGCUAGAAAUUGUUUGUGGCGAUGAACACAUAUCUUUCACAACCUCAAAAAUAGGAUCUUUGAUUGACAUUACGAAUAGCAAGGAUCCUGAAGGAUUAAGAACAUAUUACUACCUGGUUCAGGACCUGAAGUGUCUGGUGUUCUCGCUAAUUGGAUUGCACUUCAAAAUAAAGCCAAUAUAAUACGUUCCGUUUCUUAGUAUUUUUUCUGCUUCAGCUUAUCUUUUUGGGCAACUAGGAGCAAGCCACCAACAAUUUGAACAAAAAUGAUACCCGGUUGGAUGUACAGUAUUAUUAAAAUUUCAGGCAACGUAAAGAUGAACCUAUAACUUCAAUUUUGUG